GUCUUCAGCUUUCUCGUGACCCAAAGACCUCAUCUUCUUCACAAUUCAGAUUCCAAAUUUCUGAGACAAUCUAAAAUCAUUCUCUCUAAUCUCUCAACCGUGAUCAAGGUUUAUCUUGGUUCAACAACAAUGGCAGGGACUAAUGAUUCUUGUCCUUUGGUAAAGAACAUUCUUCUUCUAGACUCUGAAGGAAAGCGUGUGGCUGUCAAGUACUACUCAGAUGAUUGGACAACUAAUGCUGCCAAGUUAGCUUUUGAAAAAUAUGUCUUCUCGAAGACCUCUAAAACCAAUGCUCGCACAGAAGCGGAGAUCACACUGUUGGAAAAUAAUAUUGUUGUCUAUAAGUUUGCCCAGGAUCUGCAUUUCUUUGUUACGGGAGGUGAAAAUGAAAACGAGCUCGUCUUAUCAUCUGUUCUUCAAGGCUUUUUUGAUGCUGUUGCAUUACUUCUGAGGAACAAUGUUGAAAAGAUGGAAGCUCUUGAAAACUUGGAUCUCAUCUUUUUGUGCCUUGAUGAGAUGGUUGAUCAAGGGAUGGUACUCGAAACAGACGCCAAUGUUAUCGCGGGAAAAGUAGCAAUGCAAAGCGCAGAAGCAAGUGGUUCACUCUCUGAACAGACAUUAACUCAAGCAUUGGCAACAGCUCGGGAGCACCUUGCAAGAAGUCUUCUUACAUAAUUUUCAUCGUGGGAGAGAAAUGGUACAUUCAUGAGCCAUUUUUACCAUAUCUGAAAUGGUUGCCGAUCAUUAGAAAUCAAAUCCUUUUUGACUU